GCUGCGCAGGGCGGGGCUCCGCGGCCGCGGCGUCGGGAGCCGUUCUUGGUUCUGUUUUGCUCUGUGCGUCAGAACCGCGUUUGGGUGCCGCUCUCCUGGUCCCUGGCGUUAGCUAUGGCGGAGGCGAUGGAUUUGGGCAAAGACCCCAACGGGCCCACCCAUUCCUCGACUCUGUUCGUGAGGGAAGAUGGCAGUUCCAUGUCCUUCUACGUGCGGCCCAGCCCGGCCAAGCGCCGGCUCUCGACGCUCAUCCUGCACGGCGGCGGCACCCUGUGCCGGGUGCAGGAGCCCGGGGCCGUGCUGCUGGCCCAGCCCGGGGAGGCGGCGGCCGAGGCCUCGGGCGACUUCAUCUCCACGCAGUACAUCCUGGACUGUGUGGAGCGCAACGAGAGGCUCGACCUGGAGGCCUAUCGGCUGGGCUCGGCGGCCGGCCAGGCCCCGGAGACGAAGCCCGGGGCCCAGGCCGAGGGGAGCGCCGCCGCCGCCGCCGCCGCCGCGCAGCCCGAGCCGCAGCCGCUCGCGGGUCGCAUCGCCUUCACGGACGCAGACGACGUGGCCAUCUUGACGUACGUGAAGGAAAAUGCCCGCUCGCCCAGCUCCGUCACCGGCACCGCCUUGUGGAAGGCGAUGGAGAAAAGCUCUCUCACCGAGCACUCCUGGCAGUCUCUGAAGGACCGCUACCUCAAGCACUUGCGGGGCCAGGAGCAUAAGUACCUGCUGGGGGACGCCCCCGUGAGCCCCUCCUCCCAGAAACUCAAGCGGAAAGCUGAGCAGGAUCCCGAGGCCGCCGAUAGCGGGGAACCACAGAAUAAGAGAACUCCAGACUUACCUGAAGAAGAAUAUGUAAAGGAAGAGAUCAAGGAGAAUGAUGAAGCAGUCAAAAAGAUGCUUGUAGAAGCUACUCGGGAGUUUGAGGAGAUUGUGGUUGACGAGAGCCCUGAUUUUGAAAUACACAUAACAAUGUGUGAUGAUGAUCCACCCACACCUGAGGAAGACUCUGAGACACAGCCUGAUGAGGACGAGGAAGAAGAAGAAGAAGAAAAAGUUUCUCCACCAGAGGUUGGAGCUGCUAUUAAGAUCAUCCGGCAGUUAAUGGAAAAGUUUAACUUGGAUCUGUCAACAGUAACACAGGCUUUCCUAAAAAAUAGUGGUGAGCUGGAGGCUACUUCCUCCUUUUUAGAGUCUGGUCAGAGGGCUGAUGGGUAUCCCAUUUGGUCACGACAGGAUGACUUAGAUUUGCAAAAAGAUGAUGAGGAUGCUCGAGAUGCAUUGGUCAAAAAAUUUGGUGCUCAGAAUGUAGCUCGGAGGAUUGAAUUCCGAAAGAAAUAAUUGGCAAAAUAAUGAGAAAAGAAAAACGGUGUAGAGAUUUGUACAUUGGAACUGACACUUGUCUUCUGACCAAUGCUGCCAUUGCUUUGUGAGUCUUAGAUUUUGUAGCCAAGCAGAGUUGCAUAGGAGGCUAAAAAUAAACGAUAUUGGAUAUAUUUAGAGCUAUCCCUGGCAGUUAUCAGUGUUUAUGAAAGGAAAAUCUAAACCAGAAGGAGGUUGGUUUAUAUAGUGGUAAUCCUUUUCUGAAUGGAACCGUUGCUAUAUCGUUUCAGGAGCUAGUCACAAAGUCAAAGGAGGAAGAUUAAGAGAUCAGUCUUUUCAGGCAGUAUAAGUAAAGAGCUUCCUGUUCUUUGGUAGAAGCUCCUCUAGAUUGGGUAGAUUCCAAAUAAAGAAUUUAGAAAUGUGGAAAGUUUUAAUUACAAGGCCUUGAACACAGACUUCCCUAAACCCUUGCAACCCCUAGUGAAUUCUGAUUUCUAGACUGCUUGGAAAAUCCCGUAUUCCCUUUGCUAACUUAAUAUUUGGGGACCCUGCUCCUUGGCUGUUCUUUUCUUCCAGUCUUUGUCAGUUGUACUUGUGGCACGUGUUUCUUUACCUACGACCCAGUUUUGUUUAAAACACAAAAUCGUAGAGAAACUUAAGUCUUACUUAGUUACUAGUAAUGUGUUUUUAUUUAUUGAAAAUUGUUUGUGCUAAGGAUUGUGUUAGAUUUACAAAUUAGUGGAUUGAUUCCUCUUUGUUGUGUUGCUUUCAUUGUUGAAAAUAAAUAGAACUUUGAGUCUCUAA